AUGGCGCUGUCCUGGGCCCUUGCUGUCCUGAGCCUCCUUCCUCUGCUGGAAGCCCAGAGCCCAGAGUGUGCCAACCUCACAGCGGCACCUAUCACCAACGCCACCCUGGACCAGCUCUCCGGCAAGUGGUUUUACAUCGCCUCGGCCUUCCGCUACCCGGAGUUCAACGAGUCGUCUAGAACGAUCCAAGCGGCCUUCUUUUACUUUAACAUCAACUACACAGAGGACAAAAUACUGCUCAGAGAGUACUUAACCAUAGGGAACCAGUGCGUCUAUAACUCCAGCUAUCUGAAUGUCCAGCGGGAGAAUGGGAGUCUGUCUAAACACGAGUUCGGCAGAGAACAAGUUGGCUACCUCCUGCUCACCAAGGAUCCCACGACCUUCAUGCUUGCCUUCUCCCCGAAAGACGAGCAGAACAUGGGGCUGUCCUUCUACACUCACAAGCCACAAGCCACCCAGGAGCAAAUGAGAGAGUUCCACGAAGCCAUCAUGUGCAUGGGCAUGCAGAAGUCAGAAAUCAUGUACUCCGAUGAGAAACAGGAUGUGUGUGGGCCAUUGGAGAAAGAGCACCAGGAAGAAAAGCAGAAGGAAAACGAGGGGUCCUAGGAGGACACAGCUUGGGUUAGGAGCUUGGGGACUCUGGGACCCAUCCUCAGCCCUACGCCCACCCUUUGUACUUCCGGUCUUUGUCUCAGUGGCAUCAAUAAAGCUUCUGCAUUGGAAGCAGG